AUGUCUUCAGGAACGACCUCCACCGUCCCCAAGACGAGCCUCCUAGGCUUGCCUUUGAAACUGCGCGAGCAGAUCUACCGCCAUUACUUUAAAGCUACCGGUGGUUACGUCUACGAUGCUGCGACCGAGACUCUUAGUGGGUGCGAGAUGCAUCGGAAGGACGGAGAUCCUGACGACAUGGGUGAUGAUUACGAUGCUAGCAUUCUGCCAAGGAUGAACAGGAAGUUUGGAGACAAGACCAUUGUUUUCAACGACACAGUUGCCUACCUCCUACGAAUACUUGCCAAGAGACACCCUGAUCAACUUGCUCAAGCUGUUGAUGUCAUGCUUCCUGGUUGGCCAGACUCGCAUCCGGCCUCUGAGGUCCUCGACCUAAAAUUCGAGCCCUAG